AUCUUCUCUGAACGUACUACUGGAUUAGCCAAACAAUAGUAAUUAAAGCUUAUUCGUAGUGAACGCGAUAACAAUGGCGAUUUGCAGAGCAAGAGCAUUGUUUUCUUUCUCCAAGUGCAACUCUGCUCUCGUAUCUCGUCCCUUUCAUUCCUCCCCCAUACGCAGUUUUUCCUCAUCCCAGUUUGAGAGUGUUGGGUUCAUAGGGCUGGGAAAUAUGGGCUUCAGAAUGGUGAAUAAUCUAAUAAAGGCUGGAUACAAAGUUGCUGUUCAUGACAUAAACUGUAGUGUCUUGAAGAAGUUCUCUGACAUGGGAGUUGUGACGAAAGAAACACCUUUUGAAGUUGCAGAAGCAAGUGAUGUUGUAAUUACAAUGUUGCCUUCUUCAUCCCAUGUAGUUGAUGUUUUCACUGGACCAAAUGGUUUGCUUCAUGGUGGAAAUCUCCUAAGACCCUGGUUAUUAAUAGAUUCGUCUACUAUUGAUCCACAAACGUCGAGAAAGCUUUCUGCUACUGUAUCUAAAUGUAUUUUAAAGGAAAAGAAAGAUAACUGGAUGAACCCUGUAAUGUUGGAUGCUCCUGUUUCUGGAGGUGUUCUUGCUGCAGAAGCUGGGACACUUACUUUCAUGGUUGGUGGAUCUGAGGAAGCCUACCAGGCUGCAAACCCCUUAUUCCUUUCAAUGGGCAAAAACACAAUAUACUGUGGGAAAACAGGAAAUGGGUCGGCAGCAAAGAUCUGCAAUAAUUUGGCAAUGGCUGUAAGUAUGCUUGGUGUCUCUGAAGCCCUUGCUCUUGGUCAGUCUCUGGGAAUUGCUGCCAACACUCUGACAAGAGUUUUCAACUCUUCAAGUGCUCGCUGUUGGAGUAGUGAUAGCUACAAUCCAGUUCCUGGAGUGAUGGAAGAAGCACCCUCUUCGAGGAAUUAUGAUGGUGGGUUUGCAUCUAAGCUUAUGGCUAAAGACCUAAAUCUUGCUGCAUCAUCAGCCGAAGACAUUGGUCAAAACUGCCCGUUGACAUCCCAAGCCCUAGAGAUAUAUACAAAGCUUUG